ACAGCAUAUACAGACGUAUCAAAGCACAUUCUCUCUCGUGUGAGUGGAGUUGUGUUCGAGUUCACUGUACGACGCAGUCUGGACCGUCUGGAGAGUGUGAUUGCAAAACUGCGUAAAAGAGUUAACAUUUCCCAACGAUCGACUCUCGACGAGAUCGACGCCAUGUGUUCCACCGAGCCUGAAAACAUGAAUAACGGCAUAAAAUGCGACGACGACGUCGGCGAUGCGUUCGGAACGUUCGGAUACACCAGAAAUAGUGUAGCUCCUAUACCUACACCAUUACAAACAGCACCUACUGAACGUAAUGCCACAUAUUAUAAUAUGAAUCAUCCUAGACGUGGUUUAGCCCUUAUCUUUAAUCAUGAAUUUUUCACUAUCUCACAUCUCAAAUCACGCAGUGGCACAAAUGUUGAUUGUGAUAAUUUGAUCAAAACAUUGAAAAGUCUUGACUUUGAAGUAAAUGAUUUUCACAAUUCACCUCAUAAAGAAAUAGUGAAAAAUUUAGAAAGAGUGGCAGAAAUGGAUCAUUCAGAUCAUGAUUGCUUAGUAGUAGCCGUGUUAAGUCACGGUGAACUUGGUCUCAUUUAUGCUCAUGAUACUGCUUACAAAGCAGAGUCUCUUUGGCAUCACUUCACUGCCGAUAGAUGCCCUACUCUUGCCGGCAAACCUAAGAUGUUCUUUAUACAAGCCUGUCAGGGCGAUAAACUGGACCCAGGUCUUACUCUUAAGGAGCGUACUGAAACAGAUGGACAACCAGCCGCGACAUUCCGUAUUCCAUCACAAGCGGACUUUCUUAUUGCGUACUCUACGGUACCAGGUUAUUAUUCCUGGAGGAAUACCAGUCGUGGAUCAUGGUUCAUGCAAGCGUUGUGCAUGGAAUUGUGCGAAAACGGCACUCGUUACGACUUAUUAACUCUGUUGACAUUUGUAUGCCAACGUGUCGCUUUAGACUUUGAGUCAAACACGCCUGAUAACAUAACCAUGCAUCAGCAAAAACAAAUCCCAUGUAUCACAUCUAUGCUGACACGUCUGGUAAAAUUUACGUCUCAAAAGAAUGGACUUGUAUAGUCUGCAGGGUAAAGAAAAUUAUGCAUUUAUGUCUAUCUACUUAAAGUACCAUAGAUCAUAUCGUUUAGCAAGACUGCAAUGACACAAGUAUCAAUUUUAUUUAUGCGUUGCAGUUUACUGAUACAAAUUGCUGUGUAUUAUAUUUUACAUAUAAUAUUUUAUAUAAUUUUCAUUGUUUUUUAAGCAAUUUUAUAAAUAAUUUGUGUCUCAAUGCGAGUAUCGCAUUUAAAUUGAAAACAGCAAUCUGAAGUAAUAUCUUUCUUUUGAGUGAUAAAUUUUUAUACGUUCAUGUAAUUUUUUUACUCAAUAUUGUUCCUUUGAUCUCUAGCGAAAAAACAAAUAAUUACUGCCACUUUAAUACCUUUAUAAAUUUUUUUAAAUAUUUUUUAUUUUAUUUUCAUUUACAUACAUAUCUUUACGAAAUAUUGCGUUGUGAUAAAUAGCAUUUCUCUCUUUUUUUUAACAUAAUGUAUAACUGCUUACGAUAAACAGUAAAGUAUAAAAUAUAAGAAUUUACUUGGGAGAACUUCAGAAGCAAUUAUUUUACUUCUGACAUUCUCAUUUCGUAUGCAAUUAAAGUACACAAUAAGUACAAAUAAAAGAUUUAUCGAUUGUAUUAAAACAUAGAUUUAUAUACAGCUACUCUUAAUCAUAUUUUUUCCGUCAGUACUUUAUAUAAAUAUAAAAUAUAUAUUUAAAAAAUUACAAUAAAGAUUUCAUACGCAUAUUACUAUAGCAUUGAUGUUACGCGUACAGACACAUACACACACACAAAUGGAAUAUUUUUAAAUCAUAUGUAUAUACAUAUGUAUAUGAUGUGACUGUCCUAAUUUUUACGAUUAUAUGCAUAUAUUUUAUACCAAGUUCAUAAAAGCAAUGUGUGUAUGAUCUCUAAGCAAUAGCCUGGCAUUGUCAAAACAAUAUUCAGUAUUCAAUUUUAUAAUGCAUACUUAUAAUCUGCCUGACAUAAAAUAGUUGUGAUUUACUGUAAGCUAUAAUUACAACGAAUAUUCGAAUGUUACAAAAAAAUGUUGAAAAAAAAAGAAAAAGGAGAAAAUAUGACAUAAGUUGCAUCAUAAUUAAAGUAUUAAAAUACAUCACCUGCCUUCGAGCAUCUAAAUCGUCAGCAGGUAUGCAAUGUGUUGUGUCGCUAGUUUAAUAAACAUAAAGGAAUAGAUAAGAAUAAAAAAAAAUCGAUUAAUAUUAUAGCAAAAAAUGCUGUAUUCGCAAGAGAAACGGUAACGAAAUUUCUGCGAAACGUGAUACAAAGUCUUUCAUAGUAAGAGUAAUCGAAUUCAUAUGCCUUAUACGCUUGCAAUUGUUUGAUAACUAUGGUUAAA